UACAAAUUGUACAAUUAAACUACAGUGAAUUAAAUUUUAGUCUAAUUAUCAAGAUAACUGAAUCCUGCCUACAGUUUUAAUGUGCGCGGAAUUGAAGAUUAAAAGUUAUUAGUCACACCAAUCAAGUUAGACAUGAUGUUUGUGACGAGAGAACGAGUUUUACCAUGUGUGAUUUUGAUUUGUACUGUUAUUGCAGUGGUUCUGGGACAUUCCCACUCGCAUUCACAUGGGAGUGAACCACCGGCAUACAAAUACUCAAAGAGUGCAAAUGAACAACAUAAAACUGAAGAGAAUGUCGGUGAUUACGACUUGUACUUUAAAGCAUUGUCUUCUACAGUAUUCAUAAGCAUUGUCCCAUUCUUUAUAUUAUUCUUCAUACCCAUUGAUGGUUCUGUAGAAAAACAACCAUUACUUAAAAUCCUAUUAUCGUUUGCUUCUGGUGGUCUUCUUGGUGACGCUUUUCUUCAUUUAAUCCCCCAUGCAUUGACCUCCACUGAAGAUACUGCUGGACACAGUCACAGCCAUACACACAGCCACCAGAAUGAUGAUGAACCCCAUGGGCCCCAUGAUAUUACUGUGGGUCUUGGAGUUCUUGGUGGAAUUAUAACAUUCUUAGUAGUAGAGAAGACUGUACGUCUCUUUGAUGGAGGCCAUGGACAUUCUCAUGGAUCUGAUAAGAAGAAAAGUGAUGAUAAGAAAAAAAAGGCCAAAGAUAAGAAGGAUGAAAUAAAAAUUGCUGGUUAUCUCAAUCUUGCGGCUGAUUUCACACAUAACUUUACUGAUGGAUUAGCUAUUGGGGCAUCAUUUAUUGCAGGAAAUAGCAUUGGAUACAUUACAACUGUAACCAUUUUAUUACAUGAAAUACCACAUGAAAUUGGAGAUUUUGCUAUACUUGUGCAAUCAGGAUGUUCACGGAAGAAAGCAAUGUUGCUACAAUUAUUGACAGCCUUUGGAGCAAUUUCUGGGACAGUAAUAUCAAUUUAUCUUCAAGGUUCAAGUGAAGGACUUGUUUCUUCACUUAUAUUACCAUUUACAGCUGGAGGAUUUAUUUAUAUAGCAACUGUCUCUGUUAUCCCUGAAUUGUUAGAAAGUUCUAGCAAAUUAUCUCAAUCAAUAAAAGAAAUAUUAGCUCUAUUAGCUGGUGUUUACAUGAUGGUGAUUAUAGCACAAUAUGAAUAAUGCAAUUCCAUUCCACUUAGUUUCAAUGACCCAAGUGUUAAAUUGAACAUUGGCAUACUUCAUUCAUAAAUUAUCAUCACACUUUC